AUGUCGGGGGUGGAGGUGAUCGCGGUCGUAGCAUGUGUGGCAGCCAUCGUCUCCGCCUACAGCGAUGGAGCGAGUAUGUUUACUGCCAUUAGAAAGAAAUAUCACGAGCGCCAGGCCACCCGGGAACUAGAACGAUCGCUUGCACGUGGCCGAACCGAGAUUCAAAAUCGGUUUGAUCUGCACAAUCAAGAGCUUGGCUAUCGAUACGAGCGAGGUGACUCGAUCGCUCGUGAGCAUAUGAAGGACAUCAUCAUCACACUACAGGGGGCGUUGCUGAGACACCUCCGAGAGGCGCAGGAGCAGGGGACCACUCCGGAUCUGAUGGCGUUGCAGAUAGAGUCCGAUCAGGGUCGCGUUCGCACGCUGGUCAUUUUGGGGGACUUGUACGAACGUCUCUCGAGGCCGUCGCCUGUUCCGCCAUCCGUUUACAUGUCCAUCGAUUCAAAUUAUGACACGGUGAAUUCGUAUGGCCGUCGAUAUUCCUCUAAUGGCCCGGAGAGGUAUUGGCCACCUCACGGGUCGUCGAUGGCGUACCUCUCCGGCAGAUAUCCUGCCUCACCAGCCAGUUAUUCACCAGGCCAGAUCCUACCGGAGGAUACGUGCGCCUCACCAACGGACACACUGGGAACAUCAAAAGAGUAUGGGACUUCGAGUCCAAAGCCUCCCAGACGGUCAUCAGGCUUUGGCUCAGUUGUGAGUAGUAUGGGCGACUUGUUCCAUCCCCGUCAAGGUCGCGAAAAAACACUAUCGUUUCCAUCGUCAGCACCCGAGCCCGCAUACACCCCAGUUUCGCCGUCGACAUCGGAGCCGAUUCCAGAAUUCGAUGUUAGACCAGCCACGCCGAGUAUACCCAAGUCGCGACCAACCUCGAUACCACAUGACGUCUUAAUGGGGAACCCAUGGAAGCACGAAAGCCUUAUAGACUCUGACGACGAAGACGCCAUCAGAUAUGGUCCAAUCAAAAAGGAAACCCACCACCUCUCGCCCAUCUCCGCACCCACGAAAUUCCGGCACGAUUCUCUCUCCGCAGCCUCAACCGCCUCCACAGACUCCACCCCGUCAAACCCUUCCACCCGAAGUAGCACGGACCGGCCAACCCAAGCAAUCCGACCUCUUUGGCCACCUAGCGAAACGAACAACUACCUUGGUUUCUGCAAAGGGGCGUGGAAAGUACACACGGGAUUCCGAGGAUUCAAAAUCUACUCCGAGCCCGGCACGGGAUAUUUUACGCAACAGUCAUGGUUGCGGUGCAGGAAGUGCGCUUUUGAAGCACCCAUGAGCCCGAAGAGUUCCAGCCACAACCCGCUAUUCGAGGGAAGCGUGCGUACGCACAAAGUUAGCGGUGUCCGAUAUCGAUUUGAGUUCUUGGCGAAGUCCCACGUGCCCUGUAAGCGGGACUCGGCGUUGCAUUUUAAUUCUAAUGCUCCCCGCGGCAUAUUUUGCUGUGUCUUUUGUUGUGCGAUGGCACAGGGGUCAACUCAGGUAUAUGGAAAUCUAGAUAUCUUCAUGGCGCAUCUAGCGAAAUAUCACUGGGCGGUUGAGAGGGAAGCGUUAGCUGUGUUGCCUAGUAUGCGGUGUGUGGUUGGUCGGGUUGCACCUGAUUCGGAGUAUUUUGAUGUGAAUAUUUUACCGCCGCGCGGCUGA